AAUUAUAGCUUAGCAAUCGUGAUAAGAAUUGCGAGAAAUCAUCGUGAUUCGACAAUCCACUCAAGUCUAGUGGCGUAAUUUCUCUUAGGCAUGGCUCUCUUACGAUCCGGACCGGCUUGCCGCUGACGCGUCUCGUAAUCUGCUCACUGCCUGGUGGAGAGGCUCACCCUCGAGAUAGCGGGAGUGAGAUAGUCAGUGCAAUGGUCGGCUAUGGCUUAUUCGUAGUUCGUUUGUAAUUGGGUGUACAAUGCUCGCGCUUGUUGUGUUCCUGGUGGCGCUUACGACAGUUCUGGUGUGGGAUUUUUUUUGGCGCAAGCGGCGCAAUGAUAUACUUCACUAUAUGCCAGGUCCGCGGGGUCUGCCUCUUGUCGGCAAUGCCCUCAUGUAUCGUGGCCUCGAUGCCGAACAGAUCAUGGGUUUUGUUAGCAAGAAUAGGAACAAGUACGGUCCACUCUACAAGGUGUGGGUGCUCAACCAGCUGGCCGUCUUCUCUACGGACCCGCAUGACAUCGAGUUCAUCCUUAGCAGCCAGCAGCACAUCACUAAGAACAAUCUGUACGAGCUGCUCCACUGCUGGCUGGGCACGGGCCUCCUAAUGAGCACCGGCAAGAAGUGGCAUUCCCGCCGCAAGAUCAUCACGCCCACCUUCCACUUCAAGAUCCUAGAGCAGUUUGUCGAGAUCUUCGAUCAGCAGAGCGCCGUGAUGGUGGGGCAACUGCAACAGCGGGCUGAUGGGAAAACAGCCAUUAACAUUUUUUCGGUUGUCUGUCUCCUGGCGCUAGACAUUAUAGCAGAAACCGCCAUGGGAACCAAGAUCCAGGCACAAAUGAGCCCCAAUCUGCCCUAUGUCCAGGCCGUCACGGAUGUGACCAACAUCAUGACCACCAGGUUCAUCCAUGCCUGGCAGCGCAUCGAUUGGCUCUUCCGCCUGGUUCAUCCGGGAAUGGCUAAAAGGCAGGAUAGCGCCAUUAAGGUGAUGCACGACUUCACUGAGAAUAUCAUUAAGCAGCGUCGGCAGGCCCUGGUCAGUGCAGGGAAACAGGAGGAGGAGGAGGAGGUCAAGGAAGACGAUGACCUGGGACAGAAGCGUCGCAUGGCCCUUCUGGAUGUGCUCCUGCAGUCAACCAUCGAUGGGGCUUCACUCAGUAACGACGACAUCCGGGAAGAGGUGGACACGUUCAUGUUCGAGGGUCACGAUACCACUACCUCGGCCAUCUCCUUCUGCCUUUACGAGAUCUCUCGCCAUCCCCAGGUGCAGCAGCUUCUGGUGGAGGAGAUCCAUGAGGUUCUGGGUGUGGACCGCCAGCGUCCGGUCACCCUGCGGGAUCUGGGUGAACUCAAGUAUCUGGAGAAUGUGAUUAAAGAGUCGCUCCGCCUGCAUCCUCCAGUGCCCAUGAUUGGGCGCUGGUUCAACGAAGAUGUGGAGAUACGGGGAAAGCGCAUUCCAGCUGGGACCAACUACACCGUCGGCAUCUUUGUCCUCCUCCGUGAUCCCGAAUACUUCGAGUCCCCAGACGAGUUUAAGCCGGAUCGCUUCGACAGCACGUCACCCCAGACGCAUCCCUAUGCCUAUAUUCCCUUCUCUGCGGGUCCACGCAACUGCAUUGGUCAGAAGUUCGCCCUUCUGGAGAUGAAGAGCACCAUCAGCAAGCUGCUGCGUAAUUUUGAGCUGCUGCCUCUCGGUCCCGAGCCACGACCGGCCAUGAACAUUGUGCUGCGGUCCGCUAACGGGGUUCACCUGGGUCUACAGCCGCGUUCAGUACUCGCCAAUUCGGAGAACAUGUUGAUGGCUUUGCUGCUGACCAUGGCCCUGACGCUGAUUGUGGCUUGGCUACUGCAGUUGGCUCUGAGGGAGAUGAGACAUCCGCUCAGGGGAUUUGUGCCCAGCGUCUCGCGGGUGCCGUUGGUUGGAGCCGCCUGGCAAAUGCGCAGCUUCCAACCGGACAAUCUCCACGAGAAGUUCGCCGAGUACGUGGAACGCUUCGGACGUAGCUUCAUGGCCUCCGUUUGCGGCCAAGUCAUUAUGGUCACCGCCGAGCCGAGUCAUGUGGACGCCCUGCUGCACAGCCAGAAACAGCUGCGCAAGAGCAGCAUCUAUGGAGCCCUACGCGGCUGGCUGGGCAAUGGGCUGCUCCUCAGUCAGGGCGAGCAGUGGCACGGCAUGCGCAAGAUCAUCACCCCCACGUUCCACUUUAGUAUCCUGGAGGAGUUCGUCGAGGUGUUCGACAAACAAAGUCAGCUGCUAGUGGAGCGCCUGCAGCCCUUGUCGAAUGGUGGAAUGGUGGCUAUCAACAUUUAUUCAUACGUGGGCUUGGCCGCCCUCGACAUCAUCACUGAGACGGCCAUGGGUGUCUGUGUGAAUGCUCAGCUCGAUGCGGAAUCUGCUGUGGUGCAGGCCGUCAAGGCCGUGACUAAUACUUUGGCGACCAGGUUUAUGCGUCCGCAUCUUCUGCCGCCGUUGCUCUUCCGACUCUGCUGGCCCAGUGGCUUUCGGAAGCAGCGGGAGGGUAUCAAAUGCCUGCACCUGUUCACAAACAGCAUCAUCGAGCAGCGUCGCCAGUUGCUUAGGAGAGAGAAUGCACCGGGAGAGCCAGUCGCGCGGGACAGGCGCAAUGCCUUGCUGGACACACUGCUGAGGGCAACGGUGGAUGGCCAGCCGCUGACUGACAAGCAGAUACGCGAUGAGGUCAACACCUUUAUCUUCGAGGGCCAUGACACCACCACCUCGGCCAUCUCCUUCUGCCUGUAUCUUCUUUCGCGGCAUGCGGCAGUCCAGGAGCGGCUUUUUGAUGAGGUGAAAGGACACUUUGGCCGCGAGCUGGACCGAUGCGUGGUAUAUUCCGACUUUGCUGCUUUGCCGUUUCUGAAUUGUGUGGUCAGGGAGGCACUGCGCCUGUAUCCGCCCAUUCCGGCCUUGGGACGUUGCCUGGAAACAGAUUUGGCAGUAGAAGGUGGACGCAUUCCAGCGGGGACCAAUGUGAUUCUGCUGCUCUGGCAACUGCUUCGGGAUGAGAUGCUCUUCGCAGAUCCACUGAUUUUUCGACCGGAGCGGCACCUCUCUAAUAAGGCCACUUCUAAGAAGGGCGCAUACAGCAAUAUACCCUUCAGUGCGGGACCACGCAACUGCAUCGGCCAAAAGUUUGCCAUGUUCGAGGUUAAAACCAUGAUCAUAAAGAUGCUAAGAAAUUUUAUACUGCUUCCCCUCGGCCCGGAUGUGGAGCCCUCUAUUAAGAUCGUAUUGCGAUCCCGAAAUGGCGUUCAUUUUGGACUUCGCCCACGCGUUUAUUGAUAUUUUGCUUACAUCUUAAUUUUCAGAAACAAUCAGCUGUCUGCAAUGCAAGCGAUAU